UCUCAAUCGAACCUCUUUCUCCAUCACCAACUUUCUUUCUUUCUCCUACUCUACCGCAAUCCAUCUCAAGUACUGAGACAUGAUGGCAUGUACACUUGAAAACUCGAAAAAACAAACAAACUUAAUGACUGGACGUUUAACGUAUAACAAUAAUGACAUCCACUUCUUCUCAACGUGGCGUAAGCAAUCUUCGCAGAACAGUAACUUGGUUAUUUAUCACAUUGUUAAUCAUCUAUCUUCUUUACUCUUUUAGUUUAAUUCUCAAUAAAGAUUCCCCUGAAUGUACCAAUUCUGUGUCUUCCUCAUCCGAGUUAUCCACCAAAGAAUCAAUUUCGGAAAAUUCAACUUCCAUUUCUUUAAAGGAAAACAGAGGGGAGCCUGAAACAGGGCUGAAACACAUUGUAUUUGGUAUCGCUGCGUCUACGAACUUGUGGGAUAAAAGGAAAGAGUAUAUAAAACUAUGGUGGAGGCCAGGGGAAAUGAGAGGUGUUGUAUGGUUAGAUAAAAAUGUUACAAUAAAGAAGAAUGAAGAUUUGCCUGAGAUUAGGAUUUCGGAGAACACAACUAAGUUUUUGUACACGAAUAGACAGGGGAACAGAUCGGCUCUGAGGAUAUCCAGGGUUGUUUCGGAGACAAUAAGGUUGGGACUUAAAAAUGUGAGAUGGUUCGUAAUGGGAGAUGAUGACACAGUGUUUAAUGUCGAUAAUGUGGUUAGACUUCUUUCGAAAUAUGAUCAUAAUCAGUAUUAUUACAUUGGAAGUUCUUCAGAAAGUCAUAUUCAAAACAUUUUUUUCUCAUAUGCAAUGGCUUAUGGUGGGGGUGGAUUUGCUAUUAGUUAUCCAUUGGCAAAAGAAUUGGAAAAGAUUCAAGAUCGAUGCCUUCAACGGUAUCCUGGAUUAUACGGUAGUGAUGAUAGAAUUCAAGCUUGUAUGGCUGAGCUCGGGGUUCCCCUUACCAGAGAACCUGGAUUUCAUCAGUAUGAUGUGUACGGGAAUUUGCUAGGCCUAUUGGGAGCACAUCCUGUAACACCUCUAGUAUCAAUUCACCAUCUUGAUGUUGUGGAUCCUAUAAUUCCAAGGAUGAGCAGAGUUGAUGGACUCCAACACAUUUUUGAAUCAAUGAAAUAUGACACUGCCAGCAUAAUGCAGCAGUCAAUCUGCUACGACAAGCAGAAAUACUGGUCUAUUUCAGUGUCGUGGGGCUACGUGGUUCAGAUCACCAGGGGUAAUAUCUCUCCAAGAGAAUUAGAAAUGCCCACAAGAACAUUUCUCAACUGGUAUAAAAGAGCCGAUUACACUGCCUAUGCAUUCAACACUAGGCCUGUGACAAAGCAUCCGUGCCAGAAGCCUUUCGUGUACUACAUAAGUGCAGCCAAAUAUGAUCGAAACAAGAAUCAGAUCGUUGGGAUUUACCAUCGUCAUAGAGAGUCGUACCCUUACUGCAGAUGGAAAAUUGAGUCACCUGAGAGUAUCAGUGCAAUUGUAGUGUUGAAAAAGCCAGAUGAUAACCGUUGGCAGAAGGCAGCAAGAAGGGAUUGUUGUAAAGUUCUACCAUCAAACAACUCCUAUUUGUACAUUUGGGUAGGCAAAUGCAGAGAAGGCGAAACGAGUGAAAUGUAGCCGUUGGAAGGAGGGAGGCUAUAGUUUUUUCACUUCCUUCUGUUUUUUGUAUCAAUAGAUGUUGAUUAGGAUAGGAAAAAAUCUCUAUUCAAAAGUUGAGAAACAGAAAUGGUACUACUACUAGAGAGCUCAUACACUAAAGUCUAGACCAACAGUGGCUAGCAUUUGCAAUACAAGUUUGACCAAAUUAAUGAAAAAUUGAUGUAUCCUAGUUUCAUAAAUCAUAACCUUCAAAUGUUGAUAGUAGUGGAUCAUUGAAGUGGACUUGCUACAACGAUCCACUGAAAGUUAAACCUCUAUGGAUUCUUAAAAAAAGAAAAAGAGGAAAUGUCAAAAUGUUAAAGUUUUUGGUU